ACCAUGCAGCACCGCGCCGAGCGACACAAGGAGGAUUCAAAACCAUCAUAAAUACAAGUUCCACCAUUGUUUUUCACUAAAGGUCCCUUGAGGAUAAAAGCAGGCAACAUUCACUGUAAUAUCGCCACGUCUUUAACAAUAAUGGCACUUUUGAUCUUUCUUUUUUUCCCUUCUCCCGACUCUCCAGUCCUGCUGUUGGCGGUAAUGCAGCUCAGAGCUGUUGGGCGAACGCCAAUAGACGAAGAAGAAGAAGAAGAAGAAGAAGAAGAAGAAGGAGUAGAAGUGGAGGGAGAUCCAAAACAGACUACGUCAUCUGUUGUCGGAAGAUGUUCUGAAGUAACUUGUGUGACGAAGUUAAGUUAGUUGAGCUUUAACAGCGUCUGUCAAGCGAAGGAAAAGUAGGUUUUGACACCGAGUAAAGAACAUUUAUUUUUGAACGACGGUGUGUUUGUUAGUUUCUUAACGAAGGCCCGCUAACGUGACGUCAAAGUCAAUGACAUCUUUAGCUCAGAGCUCUUAGCAACGCGCCGGUCCGUCUGCUAGAAACGACUGACGUUACGCGAACACACAUUCCCAGUCGCUUCCAGUUCCCAGUACAACAGAAUGCAGAAGGCUUCCCGUUUGAAGCGGGAGCUCCAGAUGCUGAGCACCGAGCCUCCUCCGGGGAUAACGUGCUGGCAGGUCGAGGAGCGCAUGGACGAGCUGCGGGCACAGAUAGUGGGUGGAGCAGGAACUCCUUAUGAAGGUGGACUCUUCUCCUUGGAGAUUACCGUCCCAGAGAGGUACCCGUUUGAACCUCCUAAAAUGCGAUUCUUGACGGCCAUCUACCACCCAAACAUCGACAAUUCAGGGCGGAUCUGCCACGAUGCCCUUAAACUCCCACCCAAGGGUGCCUGGAGGCCAUCACUAAACAUCUCCACUGUCCUCACCUCCAUUCAGCUCCUCAUGGCGGAGCCCAACCCAGACGACCCACUCAUGGCUGAUAUAUCAUCAGAGUUCAAAUACAACAAACCGCUGUUCAUGGAGAAGGCCAGAAAGUGGACCCAAGAACACGCUGUUCAGAAGAACAUGGGAGUCACGGACAAUACUCCAGAUCAGAAAACUUUAUCCCACAAAAGGAGGGCCUCCGGAACGCAGCAGGAGGCAGUGGAGCCACCAAAGAAAACCUGUGUGUAGUUUCCCUCUCCCUCUUUUUUUUUUUAAGAACAGGCCUUUCUUCCCCGGAGCAAACAUUCCGUACACACACACACACACAAGUAUGUUGACUCUCCUUUUUUAACUUAAUUUAGUGCCAUUUACUUAACUUAAUCCCACAAUGUAUUACUUUUCUUAUUCCAGAAACUACCCAUAUAUCUAUAUGUAUACUUUCUAAAGUUUGUGUCAUGAUAUUAAAGUUUAUUUUAACACUG